GUCUUUCGCUGGGUAUAUGCUUUUUCUCACAUCUUCGCUUCUAGGGCCAUAGAAACCAUCGAUUAAGCACUCUCAACUCUCACUUGACGCAUUCACUGAAACCCUUAAAUUUGGGUCUUCGACUUCGCGUUUGGAACGAGAGCAGAAUGGAUCGUAUGAGCAGUUUACCAGACGAGCUUCUUUGUCACAUCUUGUCUUUCCUUACGACAAAGGAGGCUGCUUUGACAUCGAUUCUCGCCAAGAGGUGGCGCAAUCUGCUUGCACUUGUCCCUUAUCUUGAUAUUGAUGACUCUGUGUUUCUGCAUCCGGAAGAGGGUAAGCGGGAUAGGACAGAGAUUAUACAGAGCUUCAUGGAUUUUGUGGAUAGAGUAAUGGCAAUACAAGGUGAUUCUCCCAUUAAGAAAUUCUCCCUCAAGUGUUUAACCGAGGUUGAUUCAGAUCGUGUGGAUGGUUGGAUAAGUAAUGUGUUGGCGCGUGGUGUCUCGGACCUUGAUCUAUUAGUCAUUUUGGAUACUGAUAUAGAUGAUAACUAUCGGCUUUCUCCAAAAUGUUUCGAGAGCAGUACACUAGCUAAGCUGAAAAUAGGCUGUGGAAUUCAUAUUGGUUGGCUUUCUGAGAGCAUUUUCUUACCGAUGCUUAAAACUCUCGUUCUUGACUCAGUUGGGUUUUAUGUUAAUAAGUUCGAGAGUCUUCUUCAUGCCUUGCAUUUGCUUGAGGAAUUAGUCCUGGUUGAUAUACUCUGGCAAGAUUGGGAUGUGAACGUAUCAAGUGCAAGCCUCAAGACCUUAACAAUAAAGAACGGCGGUUGUUUAGACACUUUAUCAUUUGAUACGCCAAGUCUUGUGUACUUUAAGUACUCUGGUUAUGUUGCGCCGGACUUUCCAGUAGUUAAUAUGAAAAACUUAUUUGAUGCUCAAAUCAUCUUCUUCUUAACUGAAGAGCAACUCGAGCGAGCUAGAGAACCAGAUAAUGGUGAUUGGUUUGACGAUGACGUUGUUCUUGGGUAUAGUAAUGUGUGGAAACUCUUUCAUGGCAUCCGAAAUGUUCCGAAUCUUUACUUGUCUCCUGAAACUCUCGAGGUUCUUUCUCUGUGCUGUGAAUCGAUGCCAGUGUUCAACAACCUCAAAUCGUUAGCUAUCAUGAGUGACAAGGAACGAGGAUGGCAAGCAAUGCCAGUUCUUCUAAGGAACUGUCCACAUUUAGAAACUCUUGUCAUUGAGGGUCUCGUGCACCAUGUGACAGAUAAGUGCGGGGAUGCUUGUGACUGCAUUACUCGGGAAGACAAAGGUCGAUCGCUCACAUCUUGUCCCGUAAAAGUGUUAGAGAUUAGAGGGUUUUCUGGAACCAUGAAAGAGAUGGCAAUGAUAAAGCAUUUCUUGGACUAUUUUCCGUCUUUGAAGGAGAUGGAAAUCUAUGUUGAAGAGGAUGGCCCUACGCAGCUCAAAAACCCUGAAGUGUCUAAACAUGUUUUGGAGAUGUUUGAACUCUAAAACAAGUUAUCGAGUUGCAAUGUUCAGCUCCUGGUGAGUGAUCUCCUGGAAAAGAAGUGGCUGAAGAACAAAACCAUCUCAUAGUUUUGCCAAAAUCCCCUUGGAAUUUGACUGCAGUUUCAUUUUGUUUAAUUGGCUUGAAAACCGUCUCAAA